AUGGCGGCCAAGGUGUACGUUGGUAACCUCAGCUGGAACACGACCGAUGAUGGUCUUGCCCACGCUUUCUCUCAAUACGGUCAGCUGACUGACUACAUCGUCAUGAAGGACCGCGAGACGGGCCGCUCGCGUGGCUUUGGUUUCGUCACCUACGGCACGCAAGAGGAGGCUGAUGCUGCCAUUGCCGGCCUCAACGAGAAGCAACUUGACGGCCGGACCAUUCGCGUCAACAUGGCUCAGUCCCGCGGCACUGGCGCCGGCGCAGGUGGUAGCUACGGCGGCGGAUACGGCGGCAGCGCUGGCGGCUACGGCGGCGGUGCUGGCGGCUACGGUGCUGGCUACGGCGGCGCUGGCGGCUACGCCGGUGGUGCUCCCCAAGGCUUCGGCGGCCAGGGCGGCUACGGUGACGCUGGCGCUGGCGGCUAUGGUCAGCCCGCCGGCGGCUACGGCGCCCCGCAAGGCUUUGGCGGCCAGCAGGCCGGCUACGGUGCCCCGCAGGCUGGGUACGGUGCUCCCCAGCCCGGUUAUGGUCAGCAAGGCUCCUUUGCCGGCGCGCCCCAAGGCGGCUACGGCGGUGCGCAGCAGGGCGGCUACGGAGGUCAACAGGCCGGGUACGGUGGUCAGAGCUACGGGUGA